UGGAACGAUGGGGGCGAUGGUACAAGUGCAUGCUGCCACUAAUACUGAUAAGGCGAAUGCUCAGGUUAAAGAAGAAGCAGCAGCAGCAGCAGCAGUGAGAGCAACAACAGCUGAGCCGGUCAAUUUAAUGCCAAUUGAGCUUGAGUCUAGUUGUAAUUAUAAGUGUAGUGCCGACAAAAUUAUGGGAAAUGCAGGCAGCAACAAAAUCACCAUCAGCAGCAGCAACAGUCCGCGAGACAUGCUCACUCGCAACAAAUCCAUGAAAAAACGCCACAGUGAGGAGCAUUCAAUUAUGGGCAAGGACACGGAUACGCAUAGCAUAGCCAUAGCGGAGGGCACAAAUGCGGAGCAUGUGCUCUAUCGCUUAAAGCGCGGCUCCAAGCUCUGCGUGCAUCCGGAUAGCUCGCUCCUGGGUCGCAAAAUAUUGCUGCUCACCAAUUAUCCGGCGGAGGGCAAGAAAUUUGUACGCACCGAAUAUCGCGCGUUGAGCUGGCAGCUGAAAAAUGGACAAGCUGCCACAAGUGUUAUGCAUCCCGAGCUGCAUGUGGUGGAUACGGAUAUCUAUAGCGAAGUGGAGCUAAAUAUGUCGGGCACAUAUCGUUUUUACUUUAGCUUUGCGGAUCGCGAGGUUAAUGUUAAUGCGCCCGCUGAUGGCGCCCUCUAUGUGCAGGUGGAGCCUACACUGCAUGUAGGUCCUGCGGGUGCACAGAAGAUAAUUCCCUUGAACUCGGUGCGCUGCCAGACGGUGCUGACCAAGCUGCUGGGACCGCUCAACAGCUGGGAGGCGAAGCUGCGCGUGGCCAAGGAGUCGGGCUACAAUGUUAUACACUUUACGCCCAUACAGGAGUUGGGCGGCUCACGCUCCGCCUACUCGCUGCGCGAUCAGCUUAAGGUGAACUCACAUUUUGCUGCCAAAAAGGGCGACAAGGUGACGUUCGAGGAUGUGGAGAAAGUUAUCAAGAAGUGUCGACAGGAAUGGGGUUUGGCUUCCAUUUGUGACAUUGUGCUUAAUCACACUGCCAACGAGUCCGAGUGGCUGCUGAAGCAUCCAGAUGCAACCUACUCCUGCGCCACCUGCCCCUAUUUGCGUCCUGCGUUUCUGCUGGACGCCGCUUUGGCGCAGUGCGGCGCUGACAUAGCCGCUGGCAGCCUGGAGCAUGUGGGCGUGCCGGCGCUCAUCGAGCAGGAGUGCCAUUUGGAAGCUUUAAAGUACCAACUGCAUCAUGCCUAUCUAUCCAAGGUCAAUAUACACGAACUGUAUCAGUGCGAUGUGAUGAAGUAUGUGAAUGAGUUUAUGGCGCAGGUGCGCACACGCGAGCCGCCGCACAAUGUGGCGAAGCAUGGGCGCUUCCAGGAGGUGCAGCUGAUACAGGACCCGGCAUAUCGACGCUUGGGUAGCACCAUUGACUUUGAGCUGGCAUUGGAGAUCUUUAAUGCUUUCCAUGGCGACUGCUUCGAUGAGGAGGCACGUUUCCGCAAAUGCGCCGAGACGCUGCGUCAUCAUCUGGAUGCGCUGAACGAGCGUGUGCGCGAUGAAAUCCAAGGAUAUCUCAGCUAUGCAGUGGACAACUGCUUGGCCGGCGUGCGCUACGAGCGCGUGCAGCAGGACGGGCCAAGAGUGCGUGAAAUAUCCAUCAAACAUGCAGUCUUCAUGACUUACUUUACGCACACGGGCACGGAGGGCAAAUCGCUCAGUGAGAUUGAGGCGGACAUGUACACCAAGGCGGGUGAAUUCUUUAUGGCGCACAAUGGCUGGGUCAUGGGCUCCAGCGAUCCGCUGCAUGACUUUGCCGAGCAGCAGUCGGGACGUGGCAAUGUCUAUCUGAAGCGUGAGCUCAUUGCCUGGGGCGACAGCGUCAAGCUGCGCUUUGGCCAGCGGCCCGAGGACAGUCCCUAUCUCUGGCAGCACAUGACCGAGUAUGUGGAGACGACUGCGCGCAUUUUCGAUGGCGUGCGUCUGGACAACUGCCACUCGACGCCGCUGCACGUGGCCGAGUAUCUGCUGGAUGCGGCGCGUAAAAUUAAUCCCGAGCUUUAUGUUGUAGCCGAACUGUUUACCAACUCGGAUGGCACGGAUAAUGUGUUCGUCAAUCGCUUGGGCAUCACCUCGUUGAUACGUGAAGCGCUGUCUGCCUGGGACUCACAUGAGCAGGGACGUCUGGUGUAUCGCUAUGGUGGCGCGCCCGUAGGCGGCUUCUAUGCUAAUCCCAAUCGCGAUGCAGCGCCCACUGUAGCGCAUGCGCUGUUUAUGGAUCUGACGCACGAUAAUCCGUCGGCUAUAGAGAAACGAUCCGUCUACGACUUGCUGCCCUCAAGUGCGCUGGUGGCCAUGGCCUGCUGCGCCACUGGCAGCAAUCGUGGCUAUGAUGAACUGGUGCCACAUCACAUACAUGUGGUGGACGAGGAGCGCAGCUAUCAGGAAUGGGGCAAAGCGGUGGAUAAUAAUACGGGCAUCAUUGCUGCCAAGCGCGCCUUGAACUUGCUGCACGGUCAGCUGGCAGAGGAGGGCUUCAGCCAAGUGUAUGUGGACCAAAUGGAUCCCAAUGUGGUUGCAGUUACGCGUCAUUCGCCCAUUACGCAUCAAACGGUUAUAUUGGUUGCUCACACUGCCUUUGGCUAUCCGGAUCCCAAUGCUGGAGCCACGCAUGUGCGUCCACUGUGCUUUGAGGGUGUGCUGGACGAGAUUAUACUGGAGGCGGGGCUAACAAUGAAGAGCGACAAGCCCUUCGAUCGUCCCGCGCCCUUUAAGCGCGAUGAGCAUGCGCUGAAUGGAUUUUCGCAGUUCCAGUUAUCGCUGCAGGAGCAUAUACCGCUGGCCAAGUCGCAAAUCUUCGAGACCAAGCCCACACAGAAUGGGCACAGCACACAGCUGAACUUUGUUAAUUUGCGUCCCGGCACUGUGGUGGCCAUACGCGUGUCCAUGCAGUCACAGGCGCGCCAGAGCUUCGAUCAUUUACAAAAGCUGAGCACAGCGCUGCGCUUGGCCAGCGGCGAGCAGUUUGAGGCGUUGCAAGCGCUUGUCUCCAAGCUCGAUCUGACCGCUUUGAGUCGCGCGCUCUUCAGCUGCGAUCAGGAAGAGCGCGACAUGGGCUUGGGUGGCUCUGCCUAUGAUAUACCCAACUUUGGUCCGCUGGUCUACUGCGGUCUGCAAGGCUUUGUUUCGCUGCUUACAGAGAUAUCGCCACGCGAUGACUUGGGUCAUCCGCUGUGCAACAAUUUGCGCGAUGGCAACUGGAUGAUGGAUUAUAUAGCCGAUCGCUUGCAGCACUUUGAGCAACUGCAGCCGCUUGCUGCUUGGUUCAAGGCCGCCUUUGAGCCGCUCAAGAACGUGCCACGCUACUUGAUACCUUGCUACUUCGAUGCCAUUGUCAGCGGCGUCUACAAUGUGCUGCUGCAUCAGGUGAAUCAAUUGAUGCCCAGCUUCAUACGCGAUGGUCAUUUAUUUACGCAAUCUCUGGCUCUAGCCACGCUGCAAUUCAUGGCCGCCUGCCGCUCGGCCAACUUGCCAGGGUUUAGCAACUCGUUGAGCCCACCGAAACCACCGAAACAGUGCGUCACCUUGUCCGCUGGUCUACCUCAUUUCUCAACGGGCUAUAUGCGCUGCUGGGGCCGCGACACCUUCAUCGCUCUGCGUGGCACUCUGCUGCUUACCGGCAGAUAUGCGGAGGCGCGUUUUAUUAUUCUAGGCUUUGCUGCUUGCCUGCGUCAUGGGCUCAUGCCCAAUCUGCUGGACAAUGGCACCAAGCCACGUUUCAAUUGCCGCGACGCCGUCUGGUGGUGGCUGCACAGCAUUAAGCAAUAUGUGCUGGAGGCGCCACAGGGUGCGGAGCUGCUCAAGGACAAGGUGUCGCGCAUCUUUCCCUACGAUGACUCGCAGCCGAAUGCGCCGGAUGCGUUCGACCAGCUGCUCUACGAUGUCAUGCAGGAGGCGCUGCAGGUGCACUUCCAGGGCUUGCAGUACCGCGAGCGCAAUGCGGGCCACGAAAUCGAUGCGCACAUGACAGACCAGGGCUUCAACAAUCACAUUGGCGUGCAUCCGGAGACGGGCUUUGUGUUUGGCGGCAACAGUGCAAACUGCGGCACUUGGAUGGACAAAAUGGGCAGCUCCGAGAAGGCGGGCAAUCGUGGCAGACCCAGCACGCCACGCGAUGGCUCCGCCGUGGAAUUGAUUGGACUGCAGUACGCCGUGCUGCGCUUUAUGCAGCAGCUAAGCGAGCGACGGGCAAUACCCUUUAAUGGGGUCGAGCGCAAGGGUCCUGCCGGCGAGCUGACCAAGUGGAGCUAUCAGCAGUGGGCGGAGCGCAUACAGAGCAGCUUCGAGACGCAUUUCUAUGUCAAUGAAACAGAUCGCACCAAGGUGGCCAACAAGAAGUGCAUCUACAAGGAUUGCUAUGGCGCCACGCACGAUUGGACAGAUUUUCAGCUGCGCUGCAAUUUCCCCAUUACACUUACAGUGGCGCCCGAGCUGUGCAAUCCGCAGCAUGCCUGGCUGGCGCUGGAAAAGGCCAAGGAGCAUCUGCUGGGACCGCUGGGCAUGAAGACCCUGGAUCCAGAUGACUGGAACUACAGAGCCAAUUAUGACAACUCGAAUGAUUCCAGCGAUUGCACUAUAGCCCACGGCGCCAACUAUCAUCAAGGACCCGAAUGGGUGUGGCCCAUUGGCUUUUAUCUGCGCGCCAGAUUAAUCUUUGCCAAGCAAUGCGGACGCCUGGAUGAAACCAUUGCCGAAACCUACGCCAUACUGCGCGCCCAUCUGCGUGAAAUGCAGACCUCGCAUUGGCGCGGACUGCCCGAGCUGACCAACGACAAGGGCAGCUAUUGCAACGACUCGUGCCGCACGCAGGCCUGGAGCGUGGCCACUGUUCUGGAGGUGCUGCACGAUCUGCACGCCCUGGGCGCCGAUAUCUAAGCAACGAUUUCGAAAUAUAUA